UGCCAGACCGUGAAAUCUCUUCGUCGUUUUUUAGUUGUUGGAGUCGUUGGAGUCAAUGUUCUUUCUUCAAUGGCUUGGCUAGUCCAUAUUUAUUAUAACGUCACUGGGUUUUAAUGGGGAUUAUAAACAGUAAACAGUUCUUUCAGAAAAUUACAAGUUUUUAGAUUUGGAAAAUACCGAAAAUGAAUGUAAUAGCAGCCGUAAAGGCAUAUGUCGUUAAAAUGACAGAAGAAAGCGAACCUGGUAUGAAGGUAUUGUUAAUGGAUAAGGAAACUACAAGUGUUAUAAGCAUGGUAUAUGGUCAAUCAGAAAUUCAACAGAAGGAAGUUUUUCUUUUAGAAAGGAUCGACUCUCCAAAUUUUUCAAAUUCAACUGGUCUUCGUUACUUGAAAUGCCUAGUAUUUCUGAGACCCACUCAAAAAAAUAUCACUGCUUUAUGUGAUGAGUUGAGAUCACCAAAGUAUGGAGCCUAUUACAUAUAUUUCAGUAAUAUCAUAGCAAAAGCUGAUAUAAAAAUUCUAGCUGAACAUGAUGAACAAGAAGUAGUGAAGGAGGUACAAGAGUUCUACAUGGAUUAUCUAGCUGUUAACCCACAUUUAUUUUCGAUUGGUUUACCAACCUGCAUGAUUUCUUUAAAAUGGAACCCCGCUUGUUUACUCCGAACUUUGCAAGGCAUAAUAUCUGUUCUACUUUCUUUAAAAAAAUGUCCCACAAUUCGCUUUCAAGGCAAUUCUGGUGUUUGUAAAGAUCUUGCUAUGAGAAUUGAUGAAAUAAUGAGUAAAGAAUCUUCACUUUUUGCAUUUGGCCAAAGCAACGCCUCUUUAUUAUUGAUCUUAGAUAGAAGAGAUGACCCGAUAACUCCCUUAUUAAAUCAGUGGACCUACCAAGCUAUGGUACAUGAGUUACUUACAAUCGGUAACAAUAGAGUGAAUUUGUCAAAGGUACCUGGUGUUCCAAAAGAACUAUCUGAAGUUGUAUUAUCAGUUGAACAAGAUACAUUUUAUGCCAAAAAUAUUUUCUUGAAUUAUGGUGAAAUUGGAACCAAUAUCAAGCAACUCAUGGAUCAAUUUCAAGCAAAGGCUAAGAGCCACCAAAAGAUUGAAAGUAUCGCUGACAUGAAAAAUUUUGUGGAAGCUUAUCCGCAGUUCAAGAAAUUAUCAGGAAAUGUUACUAAACAUGUUACAGUUAUCGGUGAAUUGAGUUCUAUGGUGAACAAAUACCAUUUGCUGGAUGUUUCUGAGGCAGAACAGGAAAUUUCUUCUCAAAAUGAUCACUCCUCACACUUGCAGAACAUAAAGAAACUAUUAGCAAGUGAUAAAAUUAGAGAUACUGAUGCGACGAAGCUAGUUAUGCUUUAUGCCCUGAGGUAUCAAGGCCAUAGUAAUUAUGAUGUUUCAGGGCUCAUCGAUUACCUGAAGAAACGAAACAUUUCUGAAAGAUUACUGAAAAGUAUUGUAAAUAUUUUGGAGUAUGCAAGUUCUCAUGCUAGGCAAAGUGAUAUUUAUGAUGCUGAAAAUGCUGUGAAAAUAACUAAAAGGUUCAUCAAAGGUCUUAGUGGUGUUGAUAAUGUUUACACUCAGCAUAAACCUUUGCUUCAUGAAACUUUGGAGGACAUUGUGAAAGGUCGUUUGAGAGAUCACAUUUAUCCUUUGGUUGGUAACCACAGUAGUGCUGGAAGACAUCAAGACAUCAUUAUUUUUAUUAUUGGUGGUGCCACUUAUGAGGAAUCACUGACUGUUCAUUCAUUCAACAAGAAUUAUCCUAGUUUUAAUUUUCUUCUGGGAGGUACUACUAUACAUAACUCCUCUAGUUUUUUAGAUGAAGUUGAACAAGCUAUGAAAGAUGUACCUAGAAAACAUACUAGAAAUAUCAGGAACUUGAGGUUUGAUUGAAAAAAUAAUAUAUUUUAAGGGUAUUCGAGAAUUUUCAGUGUAUUACUUCUCAUAUUCUAAAUAACGUUUGUUUGAGUUGACUUUCUUAUGGAGAAUGUAGGAGUAAGAAUGAAAAUGAUGUAAUUUUUUUCAGUAAUUGUUGAAAUGUAUGCUUCAAAUUAUAUUUUAUUUUCCUGUGGAUAGCUCAUUGCCAUGUAUAUGAUUCAUUUUAUGUUCUAAAAACUGUAUUUAUUUUUAUAUAUUGUUGAUGUUUUAAUUACAUUAUGACAACUAGUUACUAUUUCUUGUAACAAGUACAACUAGUUACUUCUUCUUGUAACAAGUACAAAAGGAAAUGACCAGUUACUUGAUUUCACAUUAUACACAAAGUGCAGAUAUGAAUAGUGCCCCCAUCGUAACAUGAGUAGAUUUUUCACAUCUGUAACGUAACAACUGUGUGUAAUGAAAUGAGUGCCUCAUUUUGUAACAUUAUUCAGAUAGGUGCUGAAGAGGUAAUAAAACAAGUGUUUUAUUCUGAAAUAUAGAUAUCGUCUGUCAU